ACGUCAGCCUUGUUCUCUGGUGCCAAGGACCCUAAUUAUGCAGAAUAAGUGGUUGGAGUUCAUUGGUCCCCAGUGGUGGGGUUGACCCUGCUAGCUAACAUUAGCAUUGCUAGCUAUUUUUGACAAACUUAGCCACUAACUAAUGGCAACAUUGCCAUCUCUCUAAAGUACAUUUGAUUACAUAAUAUGGCAAUGUUGUUUCCUUUUAAUUUUUUGCCUACUUUAGCAAUGUCAUCUUAUGUUUAUUAUAUUUGUAUUUAAACUUAUUUAACUAGGCAAGUCGGUUAAGAACAAUUUUUUUUUUACAAUGACGGCCAAACCUGGACAACACUGGGCCACUUGUGCACCGCCUUAUGGGACUCCCAAUCACGGCCGGAUGUGAUACAGCCUGGAUUCUAACAAGGGACUGUACUGUAAUUUAGACGAAACAGUCACAUUAGCCUCCAAGGUGCAAACCAUGUCUAGGACACAAAUAAAUAUUGGAUGCAGCAGCUAUGGUGGUACUAGCUAACUCAUGUCUGACUUCAAUGGUGUACUAACUAGCAGCAACAAACUCAAACCAACCAUGGGUCAUAGCAAAACAUGUCACAGUUGGUUGCAUAGUGUAAUGGCGUCACCGGCUUGAAUCUAACCCAACCUUGAGCCAUUCAGUCUACACCUGUAACGCAUAGAAUUAGCUUCCAAAUCAGAUUACGCUAUUUCUCGAGCUAUGUUUAUAAUUAAGGGAUGGUGACAAUCAUUGAUUUUCUGUUAGACAAAGUCCACAGAAUGGAUUCUGGGACCUACCAUAAGGAGCAAAUGUGGGUAUCAUAACAUGUCUAGCAAUGUGAUUGCAAUGGUUUAGUGACCUCCAAAAAUGGGUUAAUUCGCUGUUCACUUUCUUUUAGAACAAAAUGCAAUUUACCACUUGGCUCUCUAUUAUACCACCCUGUCACAAGCCCUCCCAGUCAACACUACUUCAUAAGGUUGUCUGCUGCAGUUGUUUGAGUGAUAUCCAGUUUGAGGCCGAACAUGCAUAGAGAAAACCAGCAAGGGGGCCCUCAUUAGCAUCAUGUAGACAUGACCUCGCUUUGAGCAUUACUAUGAAUGGAACAGUCAGCCACAUGUUGGCAAGUAUCAGCAACCUUCACCUGUCAGCGGCAACAGCUUUCACAGGCUUGCACAAAUACAGAAGUAUCUUUGAGGGGCCAUGAGAUGAUCUACACUGCUAUGCCCAUCAAUGGGGCUCUAGCAAAGACCUUGCCCUCCAGCCUCACCUUUUGUCUUCUCACCAAUGGUCGUCAAUGAAGAAUAACAGAAAUAGAUGGACCGGAGAUGCUCAGUCAUUUGAUGGGGCGAUCAUAAUUAGAUCGAAAAAUGAUCUAUCCACAGCGAUUUUAAAGCAGAAGACCAGGCCCAACCGGUUGGUUGUGGAUGAAUCUCUCAAUGAGGACAACAGUGUGGUUUCUCUGUCUCAGGCAAAGAUGGAUGAGUUGCAGCUGUUCAGGGGAGACACAGUGCUGAUGAAAGGAAAGAAGAGACGGGAGACGGUAUGCAUCGUGCUCUCUGACGACACCUGCUCCGACGAGAAGGUCCGCAUGAACAGAAUGGUCCGCAACAACCUGAGAGUCCGCCUGGGAGAUGUCAUCAGUAUUCAGCCCUGCCCAGAUGUGAAGUACGGGAAACUGAUCCAUGUUCUGCCCAUUGAUGACACUGUAGAGGGGAUCACAGGGAACCUGUUUGAGGUCUACCUCAAGCCCUACUUCCUGGAGGCCUACAGGCCCAUCAGGAAAGGGGACAUUUUCCUGGUGAGGGGAGGCAUGCGUGCGGUGGAGUUCAAGGUAGUGGAGACGGAUCCCAACCCCUACUGCAUCGUGGCCCCAGACACUGUCAUCCACUGUGAGGGCGAGCCCAUCAAACGAGAGGAUGAGGAGGAGUCUCUGAAUGAGGUUGGCUAUGAUGACAUUGGGGGUGUGAGGAAGCAGCUGGCCCAGAUUAAGGAGAUGGUGGAGCUGCCCCUGAGACACCCAGCACUGUUCAAGGCCAUCGGCGUCAAGCCUCCAAGGGGUAUCCCGCUGUAUGGACCCCCUGGAACAGGAAAGACACUGAUUGCACGUGCCGUGGCCAACGAGACCGGAGCCUUCUUUUUCCUUAUCAAUGGGCCUGAGAUCAUGAGUAAACUGUCUGGAGAGUCUGAGAGUAACCUGAGGAAGGCCUUUGAGGAGAGUGAGAAGAAUGCCCCCGCCAUCAUCUUCAUUGACGAGCUGGACGCCAUUGCACCAAAAAGAGAAAAGACACACGGUGAGGUGGAGAGGCGCAUUGUGUCCCAGCUCCUCACACUCAUGGAUGGCCUAAAGCAGCGCGCUCACGUCAUCGUCAUGGCAGCCACCAACAGGCCCAACAGCAUUGACCCCGCUCUGAGGAGAUUUGGGCGUUUUGACAGGGAGGUGGACAUCGGCAUCCUUGAUGCCACAGGCAGACUGGAGAUCCUCCAGAUACACACCAAGAACAUGAAACUGUCCGACAACGUGGACCUCGAGCAGGUUUUAGUUCCCGUUAAUAUCCAUCAACUUUGCACUGCCAUUGAAGAGGAGUGGGACAACAUCCUACAGGCCAAAAUCAACAGUCUGAUAAACUCUAUGCGAAGGCCUGAUAUCAUCGACCCGGCCAUCCUGAGGCCCGGAAGACUGGACCAGCUCAUCUACAUCCCCCUGCCAGAUGAGAAGUCCCGCAUCAACAUCCUAAACGCCAACCUCAGGAAGUCACCCAUCGCCAAGGAUGUGGACUUGGAUUUCCUGGCCAAGAUGACCAAUGGUUUCUCUGGCGCUGACCUGACAGAGAUCUGCCAGAGGGCCUGUAAGAUGGCCAUCAGGGAGUCCAUUGAGAAUGAGAUCAGGAGGGAGAGAGGGCUUCAGACCAACCCCUUAGCCAUGGAGGUUGAGGACGACGACCCUGUCCCAGAGAUCCGUAAAGACCACUUUGAGGAGGCCAUGCGUUUCGCCCGCCGCUCAGUCAGCGACAACGACAUCCGCAAAUACGAGAUGUUCGCACAGACAUUACAGCAGAGCAGAGGAUUCGGCAGCUUCCGGUUCCCCACUAGCUCUGCGCCAGGCGCUGGGCCCAGCCAGGGCUCUGCUGGUGGCAGCGGUGGUACAUUCUUCAAUGAGGACAACGACGACGACCUCUAUGGUUAAACCGCACUGUGGACCAAAGUUUCCUCACAUACAUUCUGGCAAAGCUGUACAAUGCCGCAACACACACACACCUAAUACCACGACUAAAACUAAAAAAAGCCUAUUUAAUAUUAUUUACAAACCUCUCUCACCACCCUUUAAUAGUUAGAGACCGCAUGUUGCAGCUUGUCUGUAUUCUGGCUUUGGGAGACGUAUUAAUUUCAAACCUUGUAAGGAUUUACACAGAAGGCUGUGGGGGAUUGGGUAGGGAUUGGGUAGAGUACAUCUGCCUUCUUACUAGUUCUUACUUCUUACUUACUUGUCAUUUUUUUAUAAAUAUAUAUAAUGUUAAAGAAAUGUGAAAAUUGAAUUGUAUGAAAUGAAAACAAUAAAUGAACUGGUGAAGUUCAACCACGAAACCAAUACACAAUCUUUAUUGAAUGUUUUAAUAGUGCAUUUAAGUGAAAAGUACAAGACAUUUGUGCACAAUCAACAUGUGCUUAUUCAAGUGUACCACAAACAAUUUUUUUAAACGUUGAAAGUUGUGUGAAAUGAAUGCAUUACAAAACAAGUGAAUCAUACAAGUAAGUGUCUUGGAAUAAAUGUGAUUUACAUUAGUGAAUUAGCAAUUCUUUACUGAACUGGUGGAUUUAAAAAAAUAAACGUUUUUUUUUACAUUUGGUAAGUGAUCUGUUUAGUGCUCUUAUUAUUUUUAAAUAUUUGGAAAAAAAAUAUGUACAGCCUGAUAUUGUAAAAAAUAAAGUAUAUAAAACAAAUCUAAAUGAGAUUAAAACAUGUAAUUCUCUGGCAUCAUACCCAAUAAUGCUUGGUAUGUAAUGCAGGUUUGUGAUCUUUUUGUUUGGGUAUGUGUCUCUCUCUCACGUAGCACGGGUCAUAAUAGUCCCAAUCCAUUCCUGAGGCCCACAUUCUGUUGGUGAGACCGUCGCUGUCUGCAGACAGAAUUCGGAGCGAGACACCUGUAGAAGCAUAUGCGUAAUUAGGUAUGUGAAAGGGAAUCCCUUAAAUUGGAAAAUGUAAUAUCCAUACUGUAUUUGACAAGCUAUGUCUAAUAUUUAUACUACAUUGCAUUUAAGUUACUGUUUAUACACUGCAUAUUUAUAUACUGGAUUCUUGACAUAGCUCACCAAUAUCUAUUGCUGUACAGUGCCUUCAGAAAGUAUUCACACCCCUUGACUUUUUCCACAUUUUGUUAGUCUGGAUUAAAAUGAGAUUGUGUCACUGACCUACACACAUGGUAUUAUGUUAAGAUAUUUGUACAAAUUAUAAAAAAUGAAAAGCUGAAAUGUCUUAAGUAUUCAACCCCAAAGUUCCAAUAAAAAGUUGCUCACAA